UAAAAAAAAACAAGCGGCACAGUGAGGGACAUGUCUGUGGAGAGGGAAGACAGCGACAUGAGGGGAGCACAAACAAGCAGCAGACAGGAGGCCUCCGGAGGACUGUGGGACUCUGUGAAAAAGGCCGCCUUCGUCAUUGGAUCCGGAAUCUUGUUCUUGGCGGCGUUUGGUAACUCGCUGACGUGGCAUCUUCAGAGAUUUUGGGGAGCAUCAGGAGACUUUUGGCAGAACUUGUGGAGCAAACUUUACCUCAUGUUUGAGGGUCACACUGAAGCUCUAUUCUACAUGGGGACGAUGCUGGUGCCCACCGUGGUGUUCUGGGGUUUCAAUGCUAUGCUGCUAUUGGUGGACACCACAGGUAGACCCUCCUUCAUCACCCGCUACCGCAUCCAAGUGGACAAGAACAAUCCGGUGGACCCAGUCAAGCUGCAUCAGGCGUUGAGAACGGUGCUCUUCAACCAGGUCUUCAUCUCCGCCCCCAUGGUGGUGGCAGCGUACCACCUGACGUCCUGGAGGGGAAACCCUUGCGGCCCCGAGCUGCCCACUUUCCACUGGGCCUUGAGCGAGAUGGCCGCCUUCUCCAUCUUGGAGGAAGUCUUGUUCUACUACUCACACAGGUUGUUCCACCAUCCCAGCCUGUACAAACAUUUCCACAAGCAGCACCACGAGUGGACCGCUCCCAUUUGCGUAGUGGCCACCUACGCUCACCCACUGGAGCAUGUGUUCUCCAACCUGCUGCCAGUGGUAAUCGGGCCAGUGGUCCUGGGCUCCCAUUUGUCCACCACAUGCAUGUGGUACUGCUUAGCUCUGGUCAGCACCACCAUCUCCCACUGCGGGUACCACCUCCCUUUCCUGCCCUCCCCCGAGUUCCACGACUUCCACCACCUCAGGUUCAACCAGUGUUUCGGUGUAUUUGGUGUUCUGGAUCGCCUCCACGGGACAGAUGCCAAGUUCAGACAGACCAAGCAAUAUGAGAGGCAUACCUUGCUUACCAAUCUCAUCCCGCUCACAGAGAGCAUCCCCGACACCCCCAAGAAAGGCCAAUGAACACCUGAGGACGACAAAACAAUUGAUUAAUUUUUUUUUUUAUACAUAUACAAAUUGUUGAUCUUUGUUAGAAUUGUACCUUUAUACUGACUGAUGUCCAUUCCAGAACUUUCUACUUCCUACAUCUUGGGUAGGAUCAUGCAGAAAAUCACAAAUGUGCCCCUAGCGGCUAAAACAGGUAACUACAAUAAUACAAUAACAAUCAUCACAUUGUCGUUAUACUGUACCAUGAAAGUAUGCCUCCUAGUGGCUACAAGAAACUAAAGUAGAACGAACCUUCAGCAUUACUUUCCAUGUGCCCCGUGGCUGUGAUCGGUACCGGAAUCCAAGCAAUCUUAACUUUACUGACACACAACCAACUUUUUAACUCACUGCUGUAAACAUAUGGACGUGUUCUGUACUUUUAAUACUACAGCAUUUGUGUAUUUAAUGGCUGCUUCACUUAUGUGCACUUUUGAGACAAUUGUUUGUAAUGAGAAAAGGUGUUUUAAAAAUUGAAAUUAGGUUUGUGUGUUGUUUUUUUUUAAUUGCAAGCUGUACCGUCACAGGCAGGAAAAAAAACAGGCGACGUUUUGAGGGGUUUUUUUGUCAGUUUUUUUUUUCUUUUAUUAAAGGAAAAAGCAUAAUUACUACAAAUUACAAAUAACACUAAUAAGCAAAUCACAUCAGCCUACAAAGCGGAUAGUGAAUAUUAAAUGUUAUAAUACAAGAUUUCAUUCAAGUAUUUUACAUUUUUCCGUUUUAUAGAUAUAUUUUUUUUGUUCCUUUUUUGGUCAUUUUCACAUUUUUUUUCCUCAUGACAAGCCUAAGAUAUUGUGAUGCAAUUUCAACGGUUCAUAGACAGGUUGUGUGUUUUGUUUCGAAGUAUAUUCAUAUGGCUUUAUGACUUUUUUUGUCCUUUUUUCAGUCUGCAGACAUAAACCAUAUUUCCUCACAUGCUGCGCUCAAGCUUGCUUGUUUUACAUGUCAAGCUCCACGCCACCCCCUUGUUGCCAGCUCACGCUGAGGGUGCAACAAUAGCCCCCCCGCCACCCGAGAGUUGUUUGACAGCUAGCAACAAUCCAGUGGGCAACAGAGGGGUGGGCAACUGGUCCUUUUUUUAAGUCUGCAGACAUCAUAAGCAACCAUAUUUCCUCACACUUUCGUCUUGCAUCUUCGGGCUCCAUGUCGUCCCCUUGUGACCAGCUCAUAUUGCGAGUGCAGCAUACUCCUCCAUAGUUUGAGAGCGAGCAACACUCCAAUAAGGGGGAGGGUGGAAAACUGGUCCUCCUUUCAGUCUGUUGACUUAAGCAACCAUAUUUCCUCACACGCUGGGCCCAAGCUGGUUUGAGUCUUUGGGCUACACGCUGCCCACCUGUGGCCAGCUCAGGUUGAGGGUGCAGCGCCCCCCCUCGAGUUCGUUUGAAAGCUAGCAACACCCCAAUAGGGGACAGAGAGUGGACGACUUCCACACUAGCUGAACUCCUGGAAAUGUCCUGACAGGAGGGUGGGCAGAAGACAACCUACCCUACUUGCAGCCAACCAUACACAGUCUCAUCUAUAUCAUCCUUUUUGUCCGUCUUUAAGCCACACCUGAACACUUUGAUGCAUCAUAUGUAAGCCUCUGAAACAAGAACCUGAAGAGAAACAAGAACAUGGCGACAUCCAUCUGUGCUGCUGCAACAUGGAAUAAAUGGGGGGUGGCUGACAAAACAGAAGAAGGCAAAUGUAGUCUGCUCCUUCUGGCUGUGUUAAAAGAUGUGACAGGAAGUAGUACAUUGGUGCUUAAACUUAAAAAAGAAAAAAAAAAAAUUUUGGUUCGUUUUACUCCCAAAAAUCAAAUCCAAGUGUUUCUCUACAGGCGGCUUAAAAAAAAUACAGCUGAAGGACGCCAAUCAAGCAAAUGCUCAUUAAUAAAAAAAAAGAAAAGGGGGAAAAUGUAACCAAUUUCAACAUGAAAUAAAAUUAAUUUGAGCUUUUUUCGUUGCGUCCGACUGUCCACUCCCUUGAUGUCAACGUUCCCUUUGUGUUUUUGUUCCGGGCGCUUUAAAUCCACAUAGGAUGAUCCAGAUGGAACUGACAUCAAUUAGGGAGAAAAAAAAAAAUCCCGCCUCAGUCACAUUAAAAAAAAAAAAAAAAAAAAAAAAAAAA